UUGCAUUUGAUGCACCGGACUGCGAUCAAGUAGACGCGUGCGUGCGUGCUUUCAAAAAUUAUGGCGGAAACCUCCUGAAAUCUGAGCAAAUUUUGACGCGGUAACCCUUGAUUCUAGUGUUUGAAAACAACUGGAGGUUUCCUGACUCGCCUCGCCAGCAUCACGUUGACAUAUUUUACAGCCUGGUUUGAUGUACGGUAAAUUUCCAUGGCGCAUUCCAACUCAACACAAGAAAUCCACGACCAGAGCGUAGUUUUUCGUCGUUCCCACAUAGACGUGGGCUACGUGUGCGGGUUUCUUGGAGCUGUGGGUGACUUACAGAAGGAAGGAGAACUGCAGGAUAUCGUCCUUGAAGUCGAGGGCCGGCGGUUUCCCUGCCAUCGGCUUGUUCUGUCCGCGGCCAGCCCCUACUUCAGAGCCAUGUUUACAAACGACAUGGCGGAAAGUCGGCAGAAGACGGUCGUUUUACAGGGUUUUGAUGCAGACGUAUUUGAAGAGAUCCUGAGUUACAUCUACUCGGGAACCCUCCAUGUGUCCCUGGACAGAGUGCAGCCCCUGUACCAGGCAGCUGACCUCCUCCAACUGGACUUUGUGAGAGAAAAAUGCAGCAGCUACAUGGCCAUGAGCGUGGAGCGCUCCACCUGUGUGGACAUGUACAAGUUUGCUGAUGUCUUCUCCUUGGAUGUUGUCCGGAAAGAUUGUUUGCAGUGUAUCCAUAGAAACUUUGUUGAGGUUGCCUGCAGUGAGGAGUUCUGCAGCCUGAGUGUGGAUCAGCUGACUGAGAUCAUCAGCCAUGAUGAGCUGGAGGUUAAAGAGGAGACAGGAGUGUGGGAGGCUGUGGUGAGAUGGGUGCAGCACAGCAGGGAGGACAGACUGCAGCACCUACCCAGCAUCCUCCCUCACAUCCGCUUCAACCUGCUGACCUCAGAUGACACGGCAGCCAUCCUAGAACAUCCCCUGGUCAGGGAGGAUCCCGGGAGUACUGAGGUCGUCAAGAAUGUGGUGAAGGAGGCUUCCAACCAGAAGCCAAGGCUUGGGAUGACCAUGGAAAUGUUCUGCUUUCAAUGUACUUGAGAAAGAGAAGAAAGAAGUCCACUACCUGAACCCUCAUCAAGGGAAGGACAUCAGCUGCAGUUAUGAAAACCUCCCUAAAAAUCACAGAUGUUGCAGUCACC